UAUGUGUGUUAGUGGUGGCGGAUCAUAUGAUGAUGGAGGUUUUGGCAUAAAAAUUGGGGAAUGGAUUGAUUUGGAUGAGGAUUUUAGACGAAACCCAAUUGUAAUCCAUUAAGGUCAAUAUAAAAAUGGUAAAAAAUUUGGUAAAUGGGAUAUGAAAUGGAAUUGGACAAUGUAAUAGAUAUCAUUUAUGGAUUAUUUACCUUAUGCUCAUGGCGGUGGAUCAUAUUAAGAAGAUGGUAUAAAAAUUGGAUAAUGGAUUGAUUUUGCUGAAGGAUUUAGCUUUGAAUAACAAUUAAUUUUUAAAGGCGAAUAUAAAAAUGGUCGAAAAUUUGGUAAUUGGGAUAUUUAGUAUCGAAUUUGUUUAAGUUACCCUGAUUUAUAAAAUCCUUUCUCAAAAAUGUAUAUAAUAAUAUAUAAAGGCCUUAAAUAAUCCAAUAAUGUACGAUUGUAUUAGUGGUGGUGGAUCGUAUGAUGAAGAAGGUAAAGGUUAUAAGAUCGGGUAAUGGGUUGAUUUGGAUGAUAGUUUUAAUAAUUCAAAAUAAAUAAUUUAUAGCGGUCAAUAUGAUAAUGGUAAAAAGGUUGGUAUUUGGGUGAAAAUGUUAAGAGAAAGUAAAUCAAUGGAUGAUAAAUUUAUUAAAGUAAAAGAAAUAUCUUAUGAUAAUUGA